UUUAGCAAUUUCGUAAACAACUCUUGUAAAAAACCCUCUCUCGAAGUAUUUAAUUUGUUUGUUAAAAGCAUAGCUUUAAAAUCAAAUAACUAAUUGAUUGACAAUAGAAAAACAAAACUUGUUUACGUAAAAAGUGAUUGCAACAAAGAAUAACAACAAAAACAAAACUAGAGAAACAACAUGAAUAUUUUACCGCAAAGUAAACAUUACAAUUUAACACACUAUCAGCAACGAUAUAACUGGGACUGUGGCCUAUCCUGCAUACUGAUGAUACUGUCCAGCACGCAGCGUGAACAGUUCCUCAAUAAUUUUGAGGGCAUUUGCAAGGAGGAGGGCUUCGGAUCGAGCACCUGGACAAUUGAUCUAUGCUAUCUGCUGCAGCGUUAUCAAGUGCGUCAUGAGUAUUAUACGCAGACACUUGGCAUCGAUCCCAACUACACACAGCACAUGUAUUACUCCAAAAUCAUUGACAAGGACGAAAAGCGUGUGACGCGCAAAUUCAAGGAUGCCAAAGCACACGGAUUACGCGUUCACCAGCGCACCGUCGACAUGGAGGUGAUAAUCAAGCAUUUAGCUCGAAAUGGUCCCGUCAUAUUGCUAACUAACGCCUCCCUGCUCACCUGUGAGAUAUGCAAACGCAAUGUUCUUGAGAAGUUUGGUUGUUUUCAUCUAUCUUGUAUUGCACAAAACACUCGCUUGCCCUCGACUAAAAACAAAAGGUAUGCCGGACAUUAUGUGGUGCUCUGUGGCUAUGACAUAAACCUGCAAAAGGUAUUCUACCACAAUCCGGAAGUGCACGAUGGACAUAUUUGUCGCUGUUUAUCUGAGGCUAUGGAUACGGCACGUACAGCCUUUGGCACCGAUCAGGAUAUAAUAUUCAUUUACGAGCAGCAACAGAACAGCAAUCAGUAGAUUCACAGCCAAGAGCCAAGAGAUGCUAAUGCCAUAACCUAUGCCAAUAAUGUUAAUGGCUUUAUAGUACCUGCCCAGCAGUUGCCAGAGUUGUUCGUUGUUAUUUGAUGGAUCUGCGCCUUGUGAUAUUAACUUGUAGGAGGAAUUGAAUUCGCUUGUGCUAGGCUGGGCAACUCAAAUGAUGUACCUUAUGCUUGUAUGCAUCUACACGUAUAUAAGUCAAUAACACAUUCGUAUAAAUAACGAAUAUUUUACUAAAUUGUUAUACAUAUUUUAGUUACAUAAACAUGUAUAUAUUUUAUUUAAUAAUUGUAAACAUUAUAACAUUGUUAUUUUAUAGAUAUCUAUGCAUUCUGUAUACACAUAAUCAAUUUAACAAGCGUGCUUUAAGUUAUUAGUAGUUAUAAAGUUUAUUUAGGUUUACUGUUGGUCCCCAUUAUAAAAAAAAAUUAAAACAGAGCAACAAAAUGCUUUUGCAACAUGUAUUACAUUGAUCUAUUAUUUGUGUAGCUUCAGUAUUACUAUACUCUACUCCAAUUUCUCCAGUCCAAAACAAAUAUUUUAAUAACUACAAAUUAAGUACACAUAUUGCUUGAAAUUCAAAAAAAUUCAUAUAAAUUCUACAGACAUCGAUAAAGCGUACAUCUUAAGUUAAAAUGUUUCCAAGAAGUAUGCUACACUUUUUUUUAAUUCAAUUGUUUUCCGAAUUCGGAAUCAUGGAAAAUUCCAUUUACAAAA